CGGGCGAGUUUCUCGCAUGUGUGUAUUGUUUAAACUGGCCAAAAGCAAACGACCGAGUGAGCACACAAACUUCCACACGGAGACAUGGCGGCCGCGGUGUCCGUUAGCUCAGCUGCCAGAGACGAGAAGUCCUUCACUGCUGCCAACUCUGCCCCGAAUCCACAAUUUAAAAGUUACGACCAAGCAGCCGAACCCGAAAACUGGGGUUUUGAAACGGGCAAACACGUUGAUGCGCACACCGGCGAUGAGGGUUCAUCGACGGCCAGCGACUGUCCGCGACGACUCGAUGAUGAACCGACGGCCCUCGGUCCAGAAGAGAUUGCUAGUCGUUUGGAAAGAACGAGAAGAGAGUUUUAUAAUCGGCGAAAAAUAAUUAUCAAGAACCUCCCCGCCGAUAUCAGCAAUCAGGAGGUGCAUGAGCUGUUAAGUAACUAUGAUUUGAAGUACUGCUUUGUGGACAAAUACAAAGGGACAGCCUUUGUGACUCUACUGAACGGUGAGCAGGCUCAGUUUGCGAUAAAGGAGUUUCACCAAUUUGUUCUCCGUGAGCGUGAGAUCUCUGUGCAGCUGCAGCCGACGGACGCUCUGCUAUGCAUCGCCAACCUUCCCAGGGCUUUCACCCAGCAACAGUUUGAGGAGCUCGUCCGCCCCUUUGGAAACAUUGAGCGCUGCUUCCUGGUGCACAGUGCCACAACAGGCCACUCAAAGGGCUAUGGCUUUGUGGAGUACAUGAAGAAGGACUCUGCAGCCAGGGCGAAGUCCGAACUGCUGGGGAAGCAGCUUGGGUCACGAAUGCUGUAUGUACACUGGACAGAGGUUGGCUCUCUCACGUUUCCCAUGCUGCACUCGUGCUGCCUCUGUGUGGACCGACUACCUCAAAACAUCCUCACCUCUCAGGAUCUCUGCAGUGUGCUGACUGACACACACACUCCCAUCUUCUGCCAGCUUGCUCAGGGUCAAGAUGGUAAUUUUCGGCGGUUUGCAGUGCUGGAGUUCUCCACUCCUGAGAUGGCUGAGGAUGUGCAGCGGCUGACUGAUGGCAGAGCUCUAGGUGGCACUCACAUACGUGUGUCCUUCUGUGCUCCAGGACCACCAGGAAGAAGCAUGCUGGCUGCCCUCAUCGCCGCCCAGACCAUGGCAUUGAACCGAGGGAAAGGUCUCCUUCCUGAACCCAAUGCCAUGCAGAUCCUUACUGGCCUCAGUAACCCUGCUGCACUGAAGAUGCUGCUGCAGCAUAAACAAGGCCUGCUGGGAGCUGCGCCUGCUGUACCUCUGUUGGGUAACCCUGCCCUCUCUGCUGCCCUCAUGCAGCUGCUGCUCCAGAACCAAGUCCAACAGCAAGCUCUUUUAGGGAAUCCUCUUCUUUGGGCACAUAUUCUGCACAAUAAAGAGUACAGUCUUCUCCCUUGUGCUGGACUGCUGAGUGAAAAUCCUCUGGCUGCUCUUCCUCUUCAAGGCAUGAACAUGUUGGGAGAGAUACCUCAAGGCACUAUUGCUUCGACACUGGGCUUGCAUAAUGAGACUCUCGGCCCCGUCAAACAACCAUCCCUCAGCCGACCUCUUGGGAGAGAGAACGAGACCCCAGCCACACCGAUCGGCCUUCCCCCAGCAGCCCCUCCUGCACUGCAGGGACUGAAUCUGCCCCUCCUGAGUGGGAUGUUAGGAUCAGAUGGUCCGACUCUGCCGGGGGCAUCUAUAUUAGGCGAGCCUCCCAAAGAAGUUGGUGCAUCCCAGAACCCUUUUCUCAGUGCUCCUAGCAUAUUCCCAUCUUCAGGUGCCAGCACAAGGGCUCACCCCUACAGGAAGAGAACGGCACUUGGCAACACCGCUAACCAACGUGCAAACCACGGCAUCCACUCGAACUACAGCCUGCGCUUCCAGGAGUCUUGCACAUCAGAGUUUUCUCUGCACCAGGACCCCUUGUCUCAUUUGUAUGAGCAGCAGGAGGUUCUGGAAAAUGCAGCACUUCCCAGCUACGGUUUGCAGCACUCCAGGCAAACCGGCUUCAGUGAUGCAGGGUCUCCUUUCAGCUAUCCACCCAGCCCCCCUCAGUCAUCUUAUUUCAGCUUUGGACCCCAUACCAACAUCCCCUCCACCCAGCUUAAUAAGGCUGUUGGAAUGCCUCCAGUGACUCAUUCCAGCCUGUUUUCUGCUGCACCUGGUGCUGGUGUGAAGACUCCGGUCGGUGGGCAGAAGCGUCUGUUCUCCCGUCUCAUCCCGUCUCCAGAGCCCAGUCCAGAGGGUGGCUAUGUAGGUCAGCACUCUCAGGGUCUCGGGGGGCACUACGCCGACUCCUACCUGAAACGCAAGCGCUUCUUUUGACCGGCACUCAACGGCUUCCUCUGAACCACCAGCUCUCUAAAAGGAUCGCUGCUUAAAUACCAUCUUUAAGUGAGCGUGAAAGAGCAAUGAACCAUCGUCGAGUUCACACUGGUGAAAGGACCCUGAAGCUGAAGGAUGAUUGCUGAAGUUUGUGUGUGUGUGUGUGUGUAUAUAAUUUCAGUGUGUCUGUAAAUAUUGUUUUAUUUUUUAUUUUUUUGCCUUUUUUUUUAAUUUGUUUUAAUUGUUUUAUUUUUCUAAACCUAAAGAUGCAACAGACACCAAAAUGAAAGAAAAGGGUUUUUCCUGUCAAGUUCAUUUAAAUAGUCCUAUUUUUUUGUCUUAUUUUAAUUUCAGUCAUUUAAACGGAACAAUAGCCUUUUUCUAUUGUUAGUCUUGUUUGUGUGUGUGUGUGUGUGUGUGUAUAGUUGUUCAGUUUUCUGAAAAAGGCUCCUCAACUGCAAAUACUUUCUCUCACGUACAAGUGCCAAGCCUAACAUGCUUGAAAAUCAUGUAUCUGUGCCACGGCUACAGUAGCUGUCUGUUUUCUUCAGUGAGUCACCUGUCUGUGUCUUUAUGGGGAGCUCUGAUGCUCGGUUCGUGUUAGAUUUAGCUCAAAAUAGUUGUAUCCCCACCACCACCUAUUUGUGUUGCACUAAUUCCCAUCUUUGCCUCCCAUUUUUACAGAGUCAUAGUUUUCUGUGCGUUGCACUUGGAGGAUAUGGAUCAUGUAUAUUCAUCCUCCGGAAUCUGUCCUUUCCUCACCAGUCUCGUUCACGCUCGUUCCUGUUUUCUGCCUGCAUUCACACCUCUCUUUGACCUCGUUCAGCCUGCACAGUUUUGCUGUUGCAAAGUGUUCGAGUCUCUGCCGUCAUGUUGUGAAGGCCCAGCUGGUUGGAGACGGAGUAUGGGCUGCCGUUCUCCUCUCACCAGACUCUGAGUACUGCUCAAAGCACAGUGUGCCUGCUGUUGCUUCAGUGUUUCCACACACACAUACUCAUUUGCUCCAUGUCUUCUGUAUGGUGCCUUUCCUCUGUAGACCAGCAGAGGGAGCCAGGUAGCUUUUCAGUUGGCACUGCUCCAUAUCUUUAUUUUAUUUUUUAAACAAACAAAAAGCGAGCCAAUAGUCUGAAGCAGGCCGAACCUGUGCCUUAGUGCGGCAUUUACUUUUACCGUUGUAAUUGUGACUACCUUUUCCCCUCUGGUUUGAACUGCUGCGCCCCCCCAAGGGGGGAAAGCUUCUGCAGACUGGAAUGUGAUUUACGUAUGAUUGAGUACUUGGUCUGUGUGCGAUUUCUAUUAAUCUGGUUGACAUUUGAUUUGUGAUAACGCAUUACCUCUGACUUGUACCGUGGCUUACGAUGGAGCCUUAAAACGGCAGUGUUUACUGUAAUCUCAUCACACUGUGAGCCUCGACUACAUUUAAAGUUUUGUUUAUUUGCGGUGUACAUGCUUGAGUUUGAUUACAUUGCUUCUCUGGAGUCUUGAACUCGUGUUCUUGUAUUUCUUCUAGUCUGUAAUGGUAUCAAAAUUGCUGCUCUAUAUUUUGUAUCCCAUCUGAGUGAAAUUACAGCGUGCAGUAUCUUGUAAAUGAUUUUUCAUGUGCGAUACGUGGUAAGCGGAGCUGCUGCUGCUGUGUGAAAUGAACUAAACCUUCAGAUGUGGUAAAUGACCUCCUCACCAAAUCACUCUUCUUCUGUACAGCUCUUCUGCUCUGUUUUUGUGGCAUUUGAACAAGUAAAUGUUAUUUAAGUUCA